UGGUCUGUCGAGUUGCUCCGUGAGCAUCAAAAGGUUCUUUGUUUGAACACUCCCUUUUGGAAUUUACCAGUUAAGAUAGUGUACAUGAUUAUUAUUAGCUGUGAGAUUGCGGUCACUGUAGAACCAUUAUAGAUAUAACAUACUUUACAAUGGUAGAACUGUGGUUGUAAAUCAAGAUAUAGAAUAUAUAUACCAGAUUGUAAAUAAUAUUAAAAUAUAGUUAUCACGUGAGUGGUGAUCAAAGUAAUUUCGGUCCUGUUUUACAAAAGUUUAAAACUUACUACAAACUUGAGUCAUAACAAAAUCUUCAAAAUUUUUCGAAAAAUGGAGUGUAGUACCAGCCUUGAGAAUUUACGGUUACUUAUGAAAAAUUAUAAACCGCGGUGUUUGGAAGCCUAUAUUGUACCGACGGAUGAUUCCCAUCAAAACGAAUAUAUUUCACAACGCGAUGCACGUAGGGCUUUCAUUAGCGGAUUUAAUGGUUCGGCUGGUACUGCUGUUAUUACUUCAAAUAAAGCUUUGAUGUGGACGGACGGAAGAUAUUAUCAGCAAGCACAAAAACAGAUGGAUUCUAAUUGGGAACUUAUGAAGGAUGGGUUGCCUUCCACUCCAUCUAUUGGGAAGUGGAUUUCCGCCAAUAUUCCUAACGGCAGUAAUGUUGGUGUUGAUCCAAAACUUCUUUCUUACCGACAAUGGAAACCUAUACAAAAGGAUUUAAAAUCUGCUGAUUGCACUUUAUUGCCGGUAGAAGAAAAUUUAGUUGAUCUUGUUUGGAAAGAUCAACCUGCCAGAACAUCAAAUUCUGUCAUUUACUUAGAGCAAAAAUUCGCGGGUGUAACGGUUGCAGAUAAAUGGAAAGACGUUAAAAACAAAAUGUUAGAUAAAAAAGCUUGUGCUUUGGUGGUAACAGCUUUGGAUGAAAUUGCAUGGUUCUUAAAUCUUCGGGGAUCGGAUAUUGACUUUAAUCCCGUCUUUUUCGCAUAUUUAAUCAUAGAAAACAAUAAUGUCAAACUAUUCAUUGACGAAUCAAAACUGCCGGUAGAUUUUAAACGUCAUGAGGAAGAAAAUGGAAUUGACAUUCUCGUUCAGCCAUACGAUAAUAUUGCGAGUGAGCUGAAAGCUAUUGUAAAUACCUUAAAAGAGGGAAAGAUAUGGAUCUCUCCGAAUUCGAGUUAUUACUUGUCUUCCUUAAUACCCAAAAACAUAAGGAUUCAAGAAAUUACACCUUUAGCCAUAAAUAAAGCUGUAAAAAAUAAAACGGAAAUUUCUGGAUUCAUUAACAGCCAUAUCCGUGAUGGAGUUGCACUUUGUCAAUAUUUUGCUUGGUUAGAAAACUCUGUUAUGAUUGGAAAUAAUGUAAAUGAAAUAUCGGGAGCUACAAAAUUGGAAGAACUCCGAUCUAAAAAUGAAUAUUACAAAGGCUUGAGUUUUCAAACAAUUAGUUCGAGUGGAAAAAACGGUUCGAUAAUACAUUACCAACCAACUGUGGAAACAAAUCGUCCGAUAAUUGUUGAUGAAAUAUAUCUCUGUGAUUCUGGAGCCCAAUAUAUGGAUGGAACGACAGAUGUGACGCGCACAUUUCAUUUUGGAGAGCCUACAGAAUUCCAAAAGGAAGCUUACACCCGUGUUUUAAAAGGACAAUUAACAUUUGGAUCUACAGUUUUUCCAUCAGGGGUUAAAGGUCAAAUGCUUGAUACUAUAGCAAGAAAAUCACUUUGGGAUAUCGGACUCGACUACGGACACGGAACAGGACACGGUAUUGGAUCAUUUCUGAAUGUACAUGAAGGUCCUAUGGGUGUGGGAAUUCGACCUAUGCCUGAUGAUCCCGGACUGCAAGAAAACAUGUUCAUAUCCAAUGAGCCUGGCUUUUAUCAAGAUGGGGAGUUUGGCAUACGAAUUGAAGAUAUUGUUCAAAUUGUUCCGGCUUCCACUAACAACAAUUUCGCAGGAAGAGGUGCUUUGACAUUCAAAACUAUAACAAUGUGUCCAAAACAAACAAAGAUGAUAAAAAAAGAUUUGCUGAACGAUGUUGAGAUAAAUAUAUUGAAUGACUAUCACAGUAAGGUAUGGGAAACGUUAUCGCCUAUUCUACGAGAAAUAAAUGAUGACGUUACGUUGAAAUGGUUGGAGAAAGAAACGCGCAAAGUUUAACUUAUAACUGAAUAAUGAUAUGUAACACAAUAAAAAUAUUUGCAUAAUUUUUAUAGAUUUGAAA